CAUCAGUGUAUGAUUUUAUUUUUGGUCACUUUGCUUUCAUUUUUCAAUGGAGGUUGCGGCAAAUUUGGUUAAGAAAAAAUCCAAUAAAUUGUAAUUACGUUUCAGACAAUUUAAAUUAAAAAAAAAAAAAAAUUGUAACAAAAUUAAAACCAUUAGCCGCAAAAGUAAACAAUAAAGAUUUUUGAGCGUGUGAUCCUCGAUAGUUCCAACACAGUGAGGUUAAAAAAGUUUAUGUUUACUCGGAAAUUCGCAAAAUUUUUAGCAGCAGAGGCAUCUUUCCAACGUCGCGUAAAAUUUACAUAUUGUUUUAAGCCUUCACAGCAGGCCACACCAUUAUCAAAAAGUUUCAGUAGGCUUCUGAAGGGCAGUUUGAUUCCCCGUAGCCCAGCACCUACGCGCCCUGGAUAUUUUAGAAAUCGUUCUGCAACAGACAUGGUGAAUACAGAAUCAACCGUGACAUACUUGGAAAUUCCUGAUAAGUCAGAAAGCGACAAAAAAUAUUACAAAACACUCUUACUGAGCAAUGGUAUACGUGCAUUGCUGGUGUCAGACCCGACACCUAUUCCACACUGCGGUCUGACCUCUUCGUCUUCAUCUUCCUCUUAUGAUUCGACUGGAGAUUCCUGCGCCGAAGAGAGUAGUAGCACCAGCAGCGAAGAUGAAGAGUCCAUGAGCACUUCCACAACGGACAAUGGUGAAAGUGAUUCCGACUUGGAGUCAGAAGAAGGUGAUGAAAAGUUGGCAGCCUGUGCAUUGCUGGUAGAUGUCGGAUCGUUUACGGAACCUGCAGAAUAUCAAGGUUUAGCACAUUUCCUGGAGCAUAUGAUUUUUAUGGGCUCCGAAAAAUACCCAGCGGAAAAUGCAUUCGAUGCACAUAUAAAAAAAUGCGGCGGGUUUGACAAUGCUCACACAGAGUUCGAAGAGACUUGCUUCUACUUUGAAGUAUCUGAAGAGCAUUUAGAUAGCAGUAUGGACUACUUCUCGGCCUUAUUGAAAGCACCGCUUAUGAAAAAAGAAGCCAUGACGCGUGAACGAGAUUCUGUUGAAUCGGAGUUUCAACAAAUCGUACUCGAUGAUGAAGUCAGGCGGGAUCAGCUUGUGGCAGCAUAUGCCACACCCGGCUAUCCGCACGCCACAUUUCCAUGGGGAAAUCUAAAAACUCUCAAGGAUGGCAUUAGCGAUGACGAGCUGCAUGCAAAACUGCAUGAAUUCCAGAAGCGGCACUACAGUGCACACCGUAUGUGUGUUUGUGUUCAAGCUCGCUUGCCAAUUGACGAACUGGAGCAAAUGGUUGUGAAACACUUCUCGGGCAUUCCAAGCAACGAUCUUCCAGGUAUUAACCUGUCACCGUACGACUACCGCAACGCUUUCCGUAACGAGUUUUUCGAAGAAGUAUUUUUUGUUAAACCCGUGGAAAAUAUAUGCAAACUGGAGCUUACAUGGGUACUGCCGUCAAUGAUUAAGUUCUAUAAAACAAAACCAGAUCAGUUUAUCUCACAUUUGGUAGGAUUCGAAGGGGAGGGCAGUUUGUGUGCCUAUUUGAGAAAACGUUUAUGGGGAUUAGAACUGACUGCGGGCAUUGAUGAGAGUGGUUUCGAAUCAAAUUCGAUUUACUCUUCAUUUGUCAUCGGCAUAUUCUUAACUGAUCGUGGUUUUCAGCAUCUCGAUGAGGUACUUGCUGCAUGUUUUGCCUUCAUAAAACUGUUUGCCGUUUGUGGUCCAUUCAAAGAUGCGUACACCGAGUUACAAAAAAUUGAGGCAACUAACUUUAGAUUCGAAUCUCAGCGCCCGGCUCUGGACAAUGUUGAGAAAUUGGCAGUACAACUGAAAUAUUAUCCACCAAAGGAUAUUCUCACUGGAACUGAGUUAUAUUACGAGUACAACGAAGAGCAUAUUAAAGAGGUGGUGAAGCAUUUAAACGAGUUCAGGUUCAAUAUAAUGAUCACUUCGCAACACAAAUAUGAGGGAGUAGCAUAUGACAAAAAGGAAAAGUGGUUCGGUACUGAUUAUACGACAAUUAAAAUGCCACAAAAGUGGCGUGACCUUUGGGAUAAAUCAGAACCGAUACCAGACUUGUUCUUGCCGAAGCCAAAUCGUUUUAUCUCAAAUGACUUCCGCUUGCACUGGGAUGAAAAUGGCAAACCAGAGAUCCCAACGGCCCCGAAGAAGAUACUCCAAACGGAUAUUUGCGAAUUGUGGUUCAGACAGGACGACAAGUUCUUGCUGCCCGAGGCAUAUAUGUACUUUUAUUUCAUAUCACCGCUAUUGCGAAUGGAUCCCAAAAACGAUGCUUUGUGUGUACUUUAUGAGAAGCUGGUAAAAUUUAGGUUGAGUGAGGAAUUGUACCCAGCUACAGUUGCAGGACUUUCCUAUCAGUUUUACACUGCCGAGAAAGGAAUUAUUCUAAAGGUGAAUGGAUACAAUGAAAAAUUGCAUUUGUUGGUGGGCAUCAUAACGAAAGCUAUGGUGUCAAUGCGUGAUCACAUAACGGAAGAUUUGUUCAAUAUAUUUAAAACAGACCAGAAGAAAGCAUACUUCAAUUCGCUCAUUAAACCUCGGACUCUUAAUAAGGACAUACGUCUAAGCAUUGUGGAACACAUCCGCUGGCCCAUGAUAACUAAAUACAAGUGUUUAGAUAGCCUAACAUUGAACGAUGUGUUAAAUUUCGCCGAUGCCUACACGAGUGAACUCUAUCUACAGACUCUCAUGCAGGGCAAUUUAACGGAGGAGUCCGCACACAAUGUCAUGAACUCUGUCUUAACUACACUCAAUUGUCGGAACAUCAAAGAGACAAAGUACAUCGAGAAUCGUACCGUCCAGUUGCCACAAGGUUCUCACUUUAUUCGCUGCGGCACUCUCAAUGAGAAGGACGUAAAUACUGUUAUUUGCAAUUUCUACCAAAUUGGCCCGUGUUCUCUACGGAUCGAGAGCAUUUUGGAUUUGCUGAUGAUGUUCGUCGAGGAGCCAUUAUUUGAUACGCUCCGUACAAAGGAACAGCUGGGGUACUACGUAUCUGCUUCGGUGCGUAUGAACUACGGCAUAAUUGGCUACUCCAUCGCGGUCAAUUCACAGGAAACCAAGUUCAGCGCAGCUCACGUGGAUGAACGAAUUGAGGUAUUCCGUGGCAAAAUGCUGCAAAUACUGGAAGAGAUGUCGCCAGAGGACUUCGAUCAUGUGCGUGAAUCCCUAAUCAAAAUCAAGCAGGUAGUAGAUAUCUCGCUUGCUGAGGAAGUGUCCCACAAUUGGGAGGAGAUAACGUCCGAGGAGUACGUGUUCGAUCGGAGACGGCGAGAGGUUGAGGUACUGCGCGCGCUGACCAAACAAGAUAUUAUCGAUUUUUGUCUGAGCAACGAACGCACCAAUCUGCGUAAAUUGUCGGUGCAAGUUAUUGGCAAUAAAGAUUCGGUGCGCGUAAAACGCGCCCCGACGCGGAGCGAGAACUCCAAUGACGACAGCGGAGGCAGCAGUGGUGCUGAAUCGGAGGUCGACGACGAGGAGCUAUUCAAUGCUUUGGCCAGCAAAUUGGAUGUGCGAUUCAUACCGAAAGACGGUGACGCUACCACAAUUGUAGACAUUAAGGAUUUCAAGGAAAAUCUUCAUGUCUAUCCUAUUACAAAAACAAAAUUGGAAAACAGCACGGAGCGCUCACCAAUGGAGAUAAUAGAGGAAUGUUGAACAGCUUGUUGAAGUUAUGGGAAAUUUCAUGUUGACAAUGACCAGGGCAAGUGUAUGAAAGAACCUGUGACCCCCACAUGGUUUGAAAGCAAUUAUGAGCUCUAAUUUGCAGUUACUACUUUUUAUUCGAUAUCGUUUAGAAACUAAUUUAAGAAAUUUCGAGUCAAUAAAACAAAAUUACUUGCGAUUACAUAUGCAAAUAA